CCCCAUCAAUCUGUCCGCGAUUACUGCGACUGCGAUUAACCCCAAACUCCUGCAACAACACAGCAAUUCCCGACAAAACACAGUUCCCAACAACACAUUCGUAACUAGUAACUUAAUUCACAAGGUCGAGCCAUGUCGACCCCGGCGAGGAGAAGACUUAUGAGAGAUUUUAAGCGGCUACAGGAGGAUCCUCCAGCGGGCGUCAGUGGUGCUCCUUCUGAAAACAACAUCAUGGUGUGGAAUGCAGUCAUAUUUGGGCCGGAAGGAACUCCUUUUGAGGAUGGUACAUUUAAACUCAUUGUAGAAUUCACAGAAGAAUAUCCCAAUAAACCUCCCACAGUACGAUUUGUGUCAAAGAUGUUCCAUCCAAAUGUCUAUGCGGAUGGCAGUAUAUGUCUCGAUAUUCUACAGAAUCGUUGGAGCCCCACUUAUGAUGUCUCCUCUAUUCUUACAUCUAUUCAGUCUCUGCUUGAUGAACCAAACCCCAACAGUCCGGCCAACAGCCAGGCAGCUCAGCUGUACCAGGAGAACAAGCGGGAGUACGAGAAGCGCGUUUCUGCCAUCGUAGAACAAAGCUGGAGGGACAGUUGACCUGACAAUCCCCAUAGCUCCCAUCUCCAUUAUUAAUCCGUGUGCUGCAAGUUUUAGUGGAGUAUCUCAUCAUUUUUGUUCCCUCACACUUUUGAUUUUAAGCUUUUUAUGCACUUUACCUUCAAGUUUUGUCUUUUUUUUUUUUUUUAAUUGCUUACCAAAAGUUAUUGGUUGUUUCUUCAUCUUACCCUCUCAUGAAGCCCAUCAGGGGAAAAUAUGCUGAAUCCUGCCUUGAUGUUUUGUCAGUUUGGACUCGAGGGCCAUUGCUCAAAAUAAUCUGAUGUUCUUUCUCGCUCCAGUAACUUCCCACGACUUAUGUUAGGGUCUACAAAAAUGUGCAUCAGUUCAGUUUUGGGUUGAUUUCAGAUGUAUCACUGAUUUUAUUUGUAUUUUUUUUUUUUUUUUUUUUUCGGUAGGCAGGUGGAUAAUGAGCAGCCUGAUAAUCACGGACAAUAAUGAAGUCAGACAUCUUUACACCGUGUCUUUUGCUGUGUUGUGAACUGUUACAUGCAUGACCACCAUCCUGUUGAUUUUUCGUGUAUAUAAAAGAAACCUGCAAGUGAAAUUAUGUACAGAUUUUGCACUGGUUGUCCCCCAUGUAACCUUUUUCCAGAACUUGUAAAUAAAAAAGGCAAUACAUCCUUA